UACUCUGCCAGCGGUAUUCCAUACAAGCGCGGUAUCCUCUUGCAGGGCCCGCCCGGCACCGGGAAGAGCUCCAUCUCACUGGCACUCGCUGGUCACAUUCGGGCCUCUCUGUAUAAUAUCACUAUCGGCGAGGUCCGCAAUGGGGGCCACCUAGUGGAACUUUUCCUGUCUGCGAGACAUGGUUCAGUCGUGCUUUUAGAGGACAUAGAUUCCGCAGGCAUCGGACGUGAGAAGGUGUCAAUCUCUGAAGACUCCCCGAAUGCAUCUAAGAACGGGGAAGAGAAGCCAAACUCGGACACUGAGCUGGCUGAAGAUGGCGUCGUCCUCAUCAUGACCACCAACGAACCUGAAAAUCUCGACAAGGCGCUUAUCCGUCCAGGCCGCAUCGACAAGCAGAUCCACGUCGGCCAUGCGAGCCGCGCAGUCGCAGGGAACAUUUUCACGCGCUUCUACAGCGAUAUCAACAACGAGCGAGACGUCUCGGACUAUAUCUCUGAGAUGGCCAUUGAGUUUGUCGGGUAA